AGCUUGGCAUACGUCUGCCAUAUUGCAUCAAUCAAAAAAUAUGUACACACAAAUGGCCACCAUGCCAACAUCAUGCAUGCUUCACUUUCCAUGCGGCACAUACUGCAUUGAUUUCUUUUUCAUAAAUAGAUUAAAUAAUUAUGACAAUUUAAUAUUAACAAAGCACAUGUCUUUGUUUGUCUGGUUGCUUCUUAAUUAUUCUUAUAUUAUAGUUUUUCGAGAUAAGUUUAUUAACAUAUGUAUGGUUUGAUUGUUUAAAAGACAUGCAUAGUAUAAGCUUUUCACUGGGGGAGCUUUGUUAGGAGAGGUAUGGAGGAUAAUCUAGGAGCUCCGGCAAAGGGCAAGAGCGUGGUGGCGGCACCAACAUAUUGCGUAACCGGCGCCACCGGGUACAUCGGGUCUUGGUUGGUGAAGCUUCUUCUUGAAAAAGGUUGCAAGGUUCAUGCCACAGCCCGAAAUCCAGAAAAGGCUUUGCAUCUACUGUCAUUAUGGUCUGGAAGUGACCGGUUGAGACUUUUCAAAGCUGAUUUGCAAGAAGAAGGAAGCUUUGAUGAGGCUGUGAAGGGCUGCAAUGGUGUGUUUCAUGUGGCAGCUUCAAUGGAAUUUGGUGUCAAUGUGAAUGAGAACAUUGAGGGAUACGUUAGAUCAAAUAUAAUUGACCCUGCAAUUAAAGGCACUGAAAACCUCCUCAAAGCUUGCUCGAAAUCCAAGUCUGUGAAAAGGGUUGUUUUCACAUCCUCCAUCAGCACUAUCACUGCCAAAGACAGCAAUGGAAAUUGGAGACCUGUUGUUGAUGAAUCUUGCCAGAACACGAGCGAUCAUGUCUUGAAUGCAAAAGCAGGUGGAUGGGUUUAUGCCCUCUCCAAGCUUUUAACUGAGGAAGCAGCAUUCACGUUUGCUAAUGAGAAUGGUAUCGAUCUUGUUUCAUUGAUAACGACAACUGUCGCCGGUCCUUUCCUCACAACAACUAUUCCCUCAAGCAUUCAAGUGCUCUUGUCACCAUUUACAGGUGAUCCCAAGUACUUCUCAAUACUGUCUGCUGUAAAUGCUAGAAUGGGAUCAGUUGCUUUGGUUCACAUUGAAGACAUAUGCGGUGCUCAUAUUUUUCUGAUGGAACAAGCCAAUGCGGAAGGUAGAUACAUAUGCUGUGUCUGCAGCUCACCACUGUCUGAAUUGAUUGAUCUUCUUGCUCAAAAGCAUCCUUGUUCAAACCUUCAGAGGUUGGGGGCAGAGGGAAAAGGUACAAAACCUCCUGAAAUUUCUUCCAAGAAGUUAAGAGAUUUAGGCUUCACUUACAAGCAUAACAUAGAAGAUAUAAUUCAUCAAACAGUUACUGCUUGUGUAGAUUAUGGAUUUCUGCCCCCUACCAGAAGGUAGGGGCUCCCUUGACUACAAGAAACUAGCUCUGAUAUAAUCCUUGGUACAAAAUAAAUGACUACAUGAAAUCCUUGCAAUGCUAGGCAUAUGUUAUGUUCCUAGCAUCCCAUUAAUCAACAUUUAUAGCAGUUAUUAAUGCUAG